UUGUUGCGAUCUUUCUUUAGGGUUUUAUUUUGCUUUCCCGAAAGGUGGCAGUAGGGUUUGGAGGCCCGUCGCUAUUCCCAAUUCGAGGCGGUCGCCAUGGAGUUCGACGAGUACGAGUACCUCGAGAAGACGGUGGAGAAUCCUGAGCUCUCCGGGGAGAAGCCGUCAGCCAACGGCGCCGGGGAGAAGGACCGGAAGAAGAGCUCAAAGCACCGCUCGUCUGACGACGCCGACCGCGAUUCCGAGCGCCGUUCUAAGCGGUCGAGGUCGGAGGAGAAAAGCAGCCGUGAGCACCGCGAUCGGCACCGUGAGAGCGGCUCGUCCCGCCACCGCGACAGGGGUUCACCAGAUCGCCGGGACAAGGAGCGGCACAGAGACCGCGACCGGGAACGGGAUCGUGAGGGGAGGGAGGCGGAGAGGAUCCAAGAGAAGGAGAGGAUCAGGGAACGGGAGAAGGAGAAGGAGAAGGAAAAGGAGAUGGAAAGGGAAAGGGAAAGGGAGAGAGAAAAAGAAAGAGAAAGGCCGCGGAGGAGCAGUAGCCGUUCAGAGAGGCACAGAGACGAAGAACGGGAGAGAUACAUAGAUAAGAGUAAGGAGAGAGACUACAGAGAAAGAGAUCGCGAGUCCAGAUAUGCUAGAGCAAACUCAGAUGGCCAUCACAAAAUGAGCAUUGUUGAGGAAUUCAGACAUCACCGAGAAAAGAAAGAAGACGGAGCAGCUGAGCCAGAAGCUGAUCCUGAACGAGAUCAAAGAACCGUAUUUGCUUAUCAGCUUUCUUUGAAGGCAGAUGAAAGAGAUGUUUAUGAAUUUUUCUCAAAAGCAGGAAAGGUGCGUGAUGUUCGCCUCAUAAUGGAUCGGAAUUCUAGACGUUCUAAAGGAGUUGGGUACAUUGAGUUCUAUGAUGUAAUGUCAGUCCCAAUGGCGAUAGCUCUUUCAGGCCAACUUCUCCUUGGUCAGCCAGUUAUGGUGAAACCCUCAGAGGCUGAGAAAAACUUGGUUCAGUCAAACACAACUGCAGGGGGAACAGGGCUAACUGGACCAAAUUCAGGUGCUGCUAGGCGGUUAUAUGUUGGUAAUCUUCAUUUGAACAUAACCGAGCCUCAACUUCGCCAGGUCUUUGAACCAUUUGGACAAGUUGAGCUAGUUCAAUUGCCCCUUGAUCCGCUUACCGGGCUUUGCAAAGGCUAUGGUUUUAUACAGUUUGCUCGUCUUGAAGAUGCGAGAGCUGCACAGAGUUUAAAUGGGCAAUUAGAAAUUGCUGGCAGGACAAUAAAGGUUUCAGCUGUGACGGAUCAAACUGGAGUUCAAGAUACUGGGACAAAUGCUGCUGAUCUUGAUGAUGAUGAAGGCGGAGGCUUGUCUCUCAAUGCUAGUUCCAGAGCACUUUUGAUGCAGAAAUUGGCAGGCACUGCUGGCAGUAUUCCUGGAACUCUUGCUGCUCCUGCUGCCAAUCCUGCCCUUCUCACUCCAGCUGCAUCAAUUCUGGGUCCUUCUAUGAUUCCUUCAAUUCUACAGCCUUCUGUACCUCCAUUUGUAGGCCUUCCAACUUCAGGUCUGCCAGUUGCUUCAACAGCUGCAGCUCCUCCUCUACAUACUGCUGGGGUCCCUAGUGAAUGUUUACUGCUGAAGAAUAUGUUUGAUCCUACUGUGGAGAGUGAACCAGAUUUUGAUUUAGACAUUAAGGAGGAUGUGCAUGAUGAAUGCUCCAAGUUUGGAACAGUAAAGCACAUUUACGUGGACAAAAAUAGUGCUGGGUAUGUAUAUCUCCACUUUGACGAUGUAACCUCAUCCAUGAAAGCACAGAACGCACUUCAUGGGAGGUGGUUUGCUGGAAAGAUGAUCACUGCAACUUACAUGGCCCCCCAGCAGUAUAUGGCAAAAUUUCCAAAUGCUAGCUGAGAUCAUAUCAAAAGGAGACAGAAUAGCUAGUAGGCAUGGAAGAAAGUUUCGUGGUUCAUUAGACAAACUCAGGUGCUCCAAUUUCUAGUUGAAAGAUGUUUUGUCUUUUGAAGCUCUCGGUAUCAUAGAAUUUUCCAUUUUUCUCCACAUUAUUGAACACUUUCUAAGAGCCUGAUACCAUAACCUUGGGACUUUUUUUUAUGUAUAAUCUUCCUUCGCUCGUCGAGUACUGAUAGUUUAUCAUCCCGGGGUGCCUAGGGUUCCUGAGCGAGUCAUUUGCAACUACUGUAAUCUUGAUUGUUGUACUGAUGAAAUGAUUAGUGGAUUAAUUAUCUUGGAUGUAUGCAUUGAUGAACUAAUUGUUACUAGUAGAAACCAUUUGUUAAA